AUGGUCCUUCUUUCUUCGUCAACGGUCUCCACAAUUGUGUCGAUGGGGGUGGUGUGCAUCUUCUCAAUGAUGCUAUUUUUGGCUGGAUAUGUCCUACAGCAACAAUCGGUGAAGAGCAUUCAGCAUGCGCUACGCCCACCCCCUGGGUCCCAUCAUGGUGAAGGAUCCCGGGGAUCUACAUUCCAAAAUUCCGCUCGAAAGCGUGGCUUAUCAGAUUCAGAUCUAAGUUCGAUGAGUGAUUCCGACACUCCACAGACAAGCCACGAUCGCCGCCAGAAUCUAGGUGGAAAUUACGCAUAUCUCCAGCUUCUUUCGAACCCUGAUCCUUCGGACAUAUGCUCUGUCAUUCUCUUUUUCAAGCAUUUAGCAACAAGCAAGACCUCAAUUCAGGAUCGUCUAUUCAUGUACCCUGAGGAAUGGGAUCGCAUGUCUACAGCAGAGCUCGGAAAGCCUGCUUCAGAGGCCCUUUCAAUCCUACGCUCCGCAAGCAUCAAAUAUGGCAUCUGGUUACUUCCAAUUGAUAUGACUGCUGCCAAAGGCUACUCGGCGACCGACACCAAACUGCUCAGACUAGGCCAAGUUCAGUUUAUGCAAUAUGACAGUGUACUUUAUUUGCAAGCGCCGGGCAUGAUUCUUGACAUCGAGAAAUUGGACGAUAUCCUUUUGUCUCAACCAUUGCCGCUCGUGUAUGACACAAAUCGCGAGGAUUCCUAUGACAACUUGGCUUGGACACCGAUGACCCUCCGUCCGGAACGUGAUGCUGAUUUACCACCUGUCUAUUUGAUCACUGUGAAUAAUGUAGGAAGCGGACAUGUACAGGCUCGAACACAUGUGCCCAAUCCUAUCAUGCCCGAUUUCAAAGCUCUUGUCCGCAGGUCGCAGAGUAUUAUGUCUGACGAUGACGAGGACGAGGAGAUCACCGAGCUGCCAGCCUAUGUUUACUUUGGAAAACACAGCAAGGAGAAGGGAAGUGGGAACAAAAACCCACUGUUACAAAGCUGGCGAAAACAGCGACAAGAUGUUUGUCCGGAACUGCAUUUCGGUGAUGGCUUUUGA